AUGCAGUCUCUCAAGACUCCUCUCGAGACUGAUAUUAAGGAAUGUCUUCUUAUUGAUAUCAGGAAACUACGGCGUUUGCUUCGGUACGAGAUGAAGGAAUGGCCACAGCAAUCCAAUAGGUUCUUCCUUCCGGCCGACAUACUAAACUCACUCCAACUUGCUGUCGGCCAAUAUGGACUGCGUAUCGUCUGUCCGGACAUGCCAGAUUCUCAAUAUAGCCAAUUUCUCUCGGUCAUCUCCACUAAGGCAAUCAAGCUACUUUGUCUUCUUUUGAUAGCUUCUCCCGCACCAAGCCCGAGCGCCAUCCAUGCAUUCAUCGAAAACGACAUUACUGACGACGAUCUUCCGUUCCAAAGACUCUCACACGAUUCUCCCCUGGAUGGUUGGAAGGAUCGUUCUACUACCGAGUUUGUUUUAUGUAAACAAAGCCACAUUGGUUGUCUUCGCCCUAAUCAUAUCGAUUGUGGUAUCGUAGCAACUAGGGAUUGGGAUCAAGAGGUCAUCAUUUCUUUAGCUCGUAAUCAAUGGACUUUCCUGGCUCCAAUUUUCUCCAAGAACAGAGGCAAAAUUCCACACUAUGACUUCACCGAUAAUAUAGUUUUGCCGUUCACUGAAGACGACCAAGUCACGUCUAAACAGGGUGGUUAUGGAAAGGUCUGGAGUGUUCGUAUUCAUCCUGCUCACCACAAUCUCAUAACGUCCAGCAACCCUAAAGGAGCUCGGUUGGCCGUCAAACAAUUGUUUUCUGCAGAUGAAAGCGCGUUUCACAGCGAAUGCGAUUUUCUGGGGGAGAUUACUGUCAAAGAGCAUCCAAAUACCGUACCUCUGUUGGCCACUUACAAAUUGAAGGGGAGCUACCAUCUUUUAUUUCCAUGGGCGCCCGCUAAUCUCGGAGAGUAUUGGCACUCCAUAUCUAUGCCAAAUUGGAACAAAGAAACAUGUCAUUGGUUUCUCAAGCAGGUUCACGGCUUAGUUUCUGCUCUGAAGACGAUCCAUGUUUUUCCACACGAAAGAAAUCCUCUUUCCCAAGACAUGGAAGUCGAUUACGGCCGCUUGACAACAGCAGCUGCAUCUAGACUAAUGCAGCCGAACAUGGACACAUCGCUCAAUAAGUACGGAAGACAUGGGGAUCUGAAGCCGGAGAACGUGCUAUACCUAGAGGACGGCACGCUUCAGCUUGCGGACUUCGGGCUGGGCAAAUUCCAUCGUCUAGAAUCCCGUUCACGACUUGAUCCCGACUCGAUCGCUUGCUCCCCAACCUACUCGCCGCCUGAGCUGGCCGUUGGUGAACUGGUCUCACGAGCAUAUGACAUUUGGAGCUUAGGAUGCAUUUUUCUUGAAUUUGUCACAUGGCUCAGUGGUGGUUCUGAAGCAUUAGAGCGCUUUGCCGUCGCCAGACAAGAGAAGGCACUGGAUCGUGUGGUAGAUGAUCUCUUUUACACCGUUAAAAAAGCCAGUGGUGCUGCAAACGGGCGGUUUGCUGUAAUAAGGGCCGGGGUUUUCCGACAGAUUCAGUUUUUGAGAAGCUCAAAAAGACAAUCGGCAAUGAUCUCUGACGUUUUGAACAUCAUUGAGCACAACAUGCUCGUCGUUAAAGCCAAUGAAAGAAUCAAGGCAGAGACAUUACUUUCGAAAAUGGAGAGAAUCUUGCAACGAGGACACGCGGAUUCUGUUUACUUACUCGGAAAUGAUCAAAAGCUAAUCAGGAGGUACGCUAAGGCUGGCAUCAAAAGACAACCUACCUCUACAAAUGGUAUCGGUGGCUAA